UAUUGUGAAUCAUGGGAGAAUGCUUUGCAUUUAUCAGCUGAAGGAUAAACCCAUAUAGUUGUUCAUUUCAGGAAGUCUUCUGAGGUUACUACAGGUCAUUGUUGCAUGGUGGGGAGUUUUCAGUGGAUGGUCCCCUGUACUUAUGAUGUUGGAUAUAGUGCAAAUCUAACCUUGUGCACAGAUGGGUUCAGAUGCUGCCAGGAGUACAGCCCAUUCACUAUGAAGGAAAGGCUUUAAGCUUCUAUUCAAGAACUCAUUUUGCUAAACAUUGUGUGUUUGGCUCACAAUGCAUGGAGAAGCCUGACCCAAUAUGUCAGCCACGGCUGUCGAUGGCUCUGAUGUGUCACUUGAUGGAGAAUCUUUCCACACUGUGGAUACGUUUCUAUUGGAUUCUGCUAGCACCACUAAGUUAACUAUAAAGGAGGAGAGAUCAGAGUCUCAAGGAAGUUCCUCGCUACCUACUGAAAAUGAAAUCCUCGCAACAGAUGGGGAGGGCUCCUCUCACAGCGCAGCAGAGGAGCCAGAACGUAAAAGGAAGAAGGGUCCUGCACCAAAGAUGUUGGGUAAUGAAGUUUGCAGUGUGUGUGGAGAUAAGGCCUCCGGCUUUCACUAUAAUGUGCUGAGCUGUGAGGGCUGUAAAGGCUUUUUCAGACGCAGUGUAAUAAAGAACGCCAAAUACACUUGCAAGAACAAUGGCAAGUGUCAGAUGGACAUGUACAUGCGCCGCAAGUGCCAGGAGUGCAGGCUCCGGAAAUGCAGAGAGGCUGGCAUGCGGGAGCAGUGUGUUCUGUCUGAAGAGCAGAUCCGUAGCAAAAAGAUCAAGAAACAGCAAGACGAUGAUGUUGUUCGCUCAUCUGCAGUUCUGGCUCCACCUAGCCCUUCCAUGCUGACCCAGGAUGUUGUCCAUCUAACGCCUCAGCAAGAGGAGAUGAUCCAACAACUAGUAUCUGCCCAGCAACAGUGCAACAAAAGGUCCUUCAGUGAUCAGCCCAAAGUAACGCCAUGGCCUCUCGCCAAUGACCCCAACAGCAGAGAAGCUCGCCAACAACGCUUUGCUCACUUUACUGAGUUAGCCAUCAUUUCUGUGCAGGAGAUUGUGGAUUUUGCCAAACAGGUUCCUGGGUUUUUGGAAUUGUCUCGAGAGGAUCAGAUAGCACUUUUGAAAGCAUCCACCAUAGAGAUAAUGCUGCUGGAAACAGCGAGGCGCUACAAUCAUGAGACUGAAUGCAUAACAUUUCUGAAGGACUUUACAUACAGUAAGGAUGACUUCCAUCGAGCAGGACUACAGGUGGAAUUUAUAAACCCCAUUUUUGAGUUCUCACGUGGAAUGAGGCAGAUGCAGUUGGAUGAUGCAGAGUAUGCUCUACUUAUAGCAAUCAACAUCUUUUCUGCUGACAGACCAAAUGUGCAGAAUCACCAGCUCGUAGAGAAUCUUCAGCUACCAUAUGUGGAAGCUCUGCACUCCUACACUCGUAUCAAGAGACCUCAGGAUCACCUGAUGUUUCCUCGUAUGUUAAUGAAGCUGGUCAGCCUGCGAACUUUAAGCAGUGUGCACUCGGAACAGGUGUUUGCUCUGCGCCUACAGGACAAAAAACUGCCACCAUUACUGUCUGAAAUUUGGGAUGUUCAUGAGUAGCUCAGAGUGGCUAGAGACACAUUACUCCUUCGUGCUCUCCUAUAUGUUCAGCACUGAAUUAAGUUCCAUAUAUAAACUGGACAUCAGACGCGUAUCUGGAGAUCUUGAGAGCCUUACCCGGGCCACACAGGACGAUGAAGCAAAACUUAAAAAUAAGGAUUUUAUUUUCCUGGAUGUCACUAUUCAGUCAAAGACAUUGGGAAACUAACAACAUUUCCGUAUAGUAGGCCUGCAUUGGCCUAAAGGAUAGAUAUCCCUUUUUUUUCAGCUUAAAUUAUAUGAAUCCUUUUUCUCAGAGACUGGUUAGUUUUAGGUAAACCUCCAUUUGGUAGAGUUGAGCAAUGGUUUAGACGUGGCGUUAAAAAUUCACCAACAAUGACUUUUAUAAAGUAGCCACCCCAUUCCAGGCUCUAGAGAACCUCUAAGGCCCCUUUCACACUGACACGUUUUUCAGGCAGUUUACCACCUGAAAAAAUCCUGCCCUGCAGUCUUCGGUGUGAAAGCCUAAAGGCUUUCAGACUGAAGCGAUGCGCUAGCAGGACCGCUCCAAAAGUCCUUCUAGCCGCAUCUUUGGAGCGGUGUGUUUACCGCUCCUUCCC